AUGGUAAUUAAUAUUAUCGAUGGACCUGGUUUUUUCGAAAGGGGUACUCAAGACGAUCCAUUACGAGAUAACGCAAUGAUAUUUGAAACAAUUCAAGAAUGUGUGAAACGAGAGAUUACAAAACUGCACAUAUUCUGCUUUUGUAUAGCAGUUAGUAAUGGUAUUAUCACAGAAGAUAUUAAAACCAUUGAACUGUUCAAAGAAUACUUCGGUGGACAAAUUGAUUCUAAUUCGUGUCUGCUUGUCACUACUUCCGAAAAUUUAAAUGAAGAGCGUCGAGCAAAAAUCAAGCAAGACAUAUGGGAAGACACGAAAUUUUCCUGCUAUAAACACUUUUUCAAGCAGGGCAUUUACUUCACCGGUGCCAUCGAAUUAAGCAUGAUAGAAGAUGAACAUCGAACUCUCAUCACGAGUCAGUUGAAAACAAUCUGUAAAUAUCGUGAAAUCAUUAUUGAAAAACUCUUCGAUUCAAAGAUUCCUUUCAGCAUCAGUAACGCGAUAAUCAGUGAGAUUUAUAGAGAAAAAAAAAACACUGAGCAAAUGAUCUCAACGCUUGAAAAUAAAUUGGAAGAUGCUAAAAAUAACAUUGAAAUGCUCGAAUCAGAGCUAAAAAAUGCAAAGAAAUGA